AUGCAUCUGUCGAGUUUGUUGUCGUUUCAGGCCCUUUGGCUGGCUGUAAGCUCAGCGAUGCAGCAUUUCCCUUCAUGGGGCCACUAUGAUAUGUGCAAAACUCAGAUUCACUCUGAUGAAGGGACAAGUUGGGAUUACAUGGCCUGCCAGCCAGAGGCCACAAUUGUGACGAAAUUCCUUAACGUGACACUGGAUCCCCCUAGCAUUACUUGUGGAACUCCUGCUGAGACGUACUGCACUUUGGAAAACCCAUAUAUGUGCAAUAACGAAUGUGAUGCAAGCACACCAGAGCUUGCACACCCUCCAGAGUUGAUGCUUGAUCAUGAAGGACGAAUUCCAAAUACGUUUUGGCAAAGUGUUUCCUGGAAGAACUACCCAAGGCCUCUGUUGGUCAACAUCACAUUAUCCUGGAACAAAACCAUCGAGCUGACUGAAGAUAUCAUCAUCACUUUCGAAUCUGAACGUCCAGAGCAAAUGAUCCUUGAAAAAUCCCUGGAUUACGGUCAAACAUGGCAGCCAUACCAGUUCUACGCGGCCGACUGUUUAAAUGCUUUCCGAAUGGAGCCCAAAACGGUGCACGAUUUGACUCAGAAGUCAGUCCUGGACAUAAUUUGCACAGAGGAGUACUCUAGAGGCUACGUGUGGAAAAUGGACAAAAUGGUUCGCUUUGAAAUCAAAGACAGAUUUGCACUUUUCGGGGGACCCCAUCUCCAUAACAUGGCUUCUCUUUACGGACAGUUGGACACGACCAAAAAUCUGAGGGACUUUUUCACUGUCACAGACCUGAGGAUCAGACUGCUUCGGCCUGCCACUGGUGCAACAAUUGUGGAUGAACGGAAUCUAUCAAAGUACUUCUAUGCUAUAUCCAAUAUCGAAAUACAAGGAAGGUGUAAAUGCAACCUUCAUGCUAACAACUGCAUCUUGGACAAUGGGAAACUAGCUUGUGUCUGUGAGCACAACACAACUGGACAAGACUGUGGAAGAUGCAAGAAAGCCUUUCAGGGCCAACCAUGGAGAUCUGGUUCAUACCUGCCCAUUCCUAAAGGAACUGCAAAUAUCUGUGAACCAGAUGUAUCUGCGUUGGGAAACUGCGAAUGCUUCGGCCACUCGAAACGGUGCAGUUACAUCGAACUGCUAACCACAGUCAUUUGUGUGAGCUGUAAACACAACACUAGAGGCCAUCACUGUCAGUUAUGCAGGCUCGGCUACCACAGAAAUGCUUCCGCAGAGCUGGACGAUGAGAAUGUUUGCAUAGACUGUAAAUGUAACCCCUUUGGCUCAGUCCAUGAUCGUUGUAAUGGCACAGGAGUUUGUGAUUGUAAGAAGGGAACAACAGGGGCUAAGUGUGAUGAGUGCCUGCCGGGAUAUUAUUGGCACAAGGGCUGUCGACCCAAUGUCUGUGACAACGAGCUGAUGCUCUGCCAGAAUGGAGGAAAGUGCCUGGACCAUAGGAGAUGCCAGUGCCCGGCUACUUAUACUGGUGUGCUCUGUGAGAAGCGCAAAUGCGAAAAGGGCGUGGGCGGUUGUAGCUCAAAUUCAGCCCAAGGGCCAGCAUCACACAACGUUCUACUGUUGCUGACUGCACUGCUACCUGCUGUUACCGGAUUUCUAACACUUUAAACACGAGUGGUCAACUGGCUUCAAGUUCAGGCUGCUUAAGGGAAUGUGCAACAAAACAGCAAAGGAAAAUUGAGCAUUUACAUCUUAUAAGGCACUGUACCAGAAAAAUGCUAAUCGAGGCCUGAGCAAACCAAGCCAUACUGUAGUUAUCGAUCCCCUGAGAGAAUUUAGUCAAGACUGUGUUUUCUGACUGGUUGGCAGCUGCUAAUAUUAAUACUGCUAUGACAAGUCCAGCUGCAAGGCUUUCACUGGAUAUACAGCUUUGAGAACACAGAGGAUGUCAGUGGCUGUACUACUCUUAGACAUUGCUCUGAGUGCGGACUGAGCAAUUGCUGGCAUUCUUUGCUGUCAGUGCAUUGUGGUAUAAGGAAAUCAAGAGUCUGCCUGUUGGCUGACUUCGAUCCUGCCCUUCAACCUGUGCUUUAGUGAACGUUGCUCUGUAACCCUUGUUGGUUGGACGAUCUAUUUGUCUUAAGUAGUGGUGCACUUGUGUAAUAGCCCCCUCCUUCCCCCUCCCCCCCUUUUCCCUAUGAGAUCUAUUCUCCUAUCAUAUUCUUGUAUAUCUAAUGACACUGCAUCGGUCCGAUGCAGGAAAACUCCUGACAAGGUGAUCAUAGAACAUUAGUGCAUUUAUUGAUUCUUUUUGUAUUAAAAUGAAGUUAUUUUCUUGGAAUAAAAUAAUGUA